AAUAACUCCACUACUCCGUGCUUGUCCGUCCCCUUUCCACCAUACAACAACCAAGUCUGGAGCAUCUGCCUCAAUAACUUACGAUCCAAAAUGCCGCCCAAAGCAGCCAAAGGUGAAUACAUCGAAACGGAUACGGGAAACAAAAUCUCCCGCCGAUCCCAAAUCCAUGGAACACAGCACAUCAUGCUCGGUGGAAAAUCCAUCAUCAUGGCGGACGCUGUCGUCCGCGGCGACCUCUUCCGCACCUCCUCAUCCUCCUCAUCCUCAAACCCGGACCCCAAAUCCAGCAGCGGCGGCAGUAGCAGCGGAAACUCAAACACGAUCGCUAUCAACAUCGGCCGGUACAGCUUCAUCUCGCGCUCGGCGAUCCUACGCCCUCCCUCCCGUCUCCACCGCGGCGUGCACAGCUAUUUCACCCUCCAUAUUGGACACCAUGUGUUUGUCGGUGAGCGGAGCGUGAUUGAGGCGGCGCGGGUGGAGGACCAUGUGACGAUUGGGAAGGAUGUGGUUGUGGGGUCGAUGGCGAUUCUGAAGGAGCGGUGCCAGGUCCUGGAUGGGGCGGUUGUGCCGGCGGGUAUGGUGGUGCCGAGUCAUUGUGUUGUUGGCGGGCAGCCGGCGAGGAUUGUUGGUGAGGUGCCUAUUGCGUAUGGGGUUGAGGGAGUGGAGGGGGGAUUGAGUAGGGAAAGAUAUAGGACUGUGAGGUGAUAUGAUAUAUAUCCUUGUUGAUCAAGGACCUAGAUGGUUUGGAGUUUGGGUUUGUUUAGAUGCUGUAUUAUACCCCCGAUGUAUGUUUUCUUGAAUUGAUUGCAGAGACAGAUUGUCGAUUACUUCGUAAGGACGCCUAUAAUAGUUCUCGAUAUAUGUACAAAACGAUU